CCAGAACACACCCACACAUUAAUUUGUCAAAGCAUGCAACAAUUGUGCUUCAUAAAAAUGGUAAUUAAUUGUCUUAUUUUUUACCUGUUUGAUUACACACACACAAAGACAGGAGAGAUUAAAGCUAUUAGAACUCACAUUACAGUUUAUUCGAUUCGUGUGGCAGCGGGGGCGUGGUCAAGCGCCCGUCCGGGAGAGAGAAGCGGUAAGGGCGCUCACACCUGGGCCAAAUUAUGUCUAACACCUGUCUCUAAUUGCAGUAGAGUGAGGAGAGCGGUUAAAAAUGCCAGCAGCCACAGAGGAGGGGAGAGAAACUGACAACGAACUCAGCGUUCGACUAGAUGGAAAUUGUGGAUACUAAAAAGAUUGUGUGAAUAUUGUGGGCACUAAAAAAAAGGGGAAUUAAAAGACGCACCUUGCCUUGAAGUCUUGCUUCCUGUCGUCUUUGUUCUAUCAGCGUUACACUGGUGCCGAAACCCGGGAUAUUAUUUGGAACACCUGCCUUCCAAAGGAUGGAACAGAAUCGCCCCGUAGAGUCCUCCCAGCUGGCGGAAGUCCUCCAGUCCCUCGCGACACUCCAUCAAAGCCACCAACAAUCCCUGCUUGAGCUCCGGCAAGACCAGGAUCGGCGCUUCUUCGAGAUCAUGCGGGCUCAAGCAGAGGACCGGCACGCCAUCCGGAGCCUCCUCAGCCAGGAGGCCGCUCCAGCCGCAGCCGCGACCCCGGACACCCGCGCCACCUUGCCCCCACCCGCGUUACAGAAGAUGGGGCCGGCAGAUGAUACAGAGGCGUUUAUCGACCUGUUUGAAAGAACGGCGGAGAUUUGGGGGUGGCCCCAAGACCAGUGGGCAGCCCGCCUAGUCCCUCUCCUGUCCGGGGAAGCGCAACUCGCGGCACAACAACUGCCGGCAUCAAGCCUCCUGGCUUACCCCGACCUGAGGAAAGCCAUCCUGCAACGGGUUGGUCGGAGCCCGGAAGAAAGUCGCCAGCUCUUCCGGGCCUUGAAGCUUGAUAAGUCCGACCGCCCGUUUGCAUUCGCCCAGCGGCUCCGUGAUGCUUGUCGGAGGUGGCUGCUCUCGAGGGACCGCGGCGUCGAGGAACUAAUCGACCAGGUGGUACUGGAGCAGUUUGUUCAGCGUUUGCCCCGGAAGACGGCCGAGUGGGUCCAGUGCCACCGCCCGGCGUCGCUGGAGGAAGCCGUCCGACUCGCGGAGGACCACAUGGCGGCGAUCCCUAGGGCGGAUGAGCCCUCUCUGUCUGUCUCCCCUUCCCCUGUGUCUUCCCCUGUUUUUUUCCCUCCCCUCUUCCCUCUCGCUCUGCUCUCUCCCCAGGGUCCGUUCCUGCCCCCCGCAGGCGCGGAGCGUUUGCGCGCCCAGCUCCCCGGCCUUGGGAACACCCGCCAAGCCCUUCCCCAUCCUUCAGCCGCUCUCCUCCUCAGGUGGGGGCACCCGCCAGCACGGGUGCGGCCGCAGCGCCUGGGCCGGUCUGCUGGAGGUGCGGAGACCCGGACCACUUCCGGGAUCAGUGCCCGCUGAUGGAAAUAGGGGCGGUGGUACGGGUCUCCGAUGUUCCACAGGCUGCCCCCGAUCGGGCUGGAGCGUACCGGAUUCCGUAGAGUGAGGAGAGCGGUUAAAAAUGCCAGCAGCCACAGAGGAGGGGAGAGAAACUGACAACGAACUCAGCGUUCGACUAGAUGGAAAUUGUGGAUACUAAAAAGAUUGUGUGAAUAUUGUGGGCACUAAAAAAAAGGGGAAUUAAAAGACGCACCUUGCCUUGAAGUCUUGCUUCCUGUCGUCUUUGUUCUAUCAGCGUUACAAUUCGGAAUUAGGUAAACUGAGAGGUUUUCAAUCUUGCAAACCUUAAUAAAUUUGGGGCAAACAAAGAGAUGAGGACACAGAAAAAGAGCCAUAUAAAAUAAAAAGUGAUUGUUAUUGUUAUUGUAAUGUGUUAAAUAAUCAGCACUUACUUGGUGGUGUAUAGAGUGGAAGGUUGAUGUAAUAUGCCUGCCAUGCUGCAAACCGAGCUAA